AUGGCUCCUUGGCCCGAGCUGCAGAAUGCCCAGGCGAACCCCAGUACAUACAUCGAAGGGGGUCCCCAGGCCCCCGUGACCCAGAAAGGCAAGGAACCCAACAAAAGUGACAGCGGGGCCUCUGCCACCAAGGGGGACCUGCUGCCGUCCCACUCCACGGUGGCGCUCAUCGAGGACCCCCCAGAAGACCCCUGGGACCUGCCCGCGCUGCAGGACACGGGGCUUAAGUGGUCAGAGCGCGAUGCCAGAGGGAAGCUGCUCUGUGUCCUCCAAGGCGUCGGGAAGCUCAUCCUGCUGCUGGGAUUCCUCUACUUGUUCGUCUGCUCCCUGGAUGUCCUCAGCAGCGCCUUCCAGCUGCUGGGAGGAAAAGUGGCCGGGCAGUUCUUCAGCAACAACUCGAUUAUGUCCAACCCGGUGGCUGGACUGGUCAUCGGGGUGCUGGUGACCGUCCUGGUGCAGAGUUCCAGCACUUCUUCAUCCAUCAUCGUCAGCAUGGUGGCCUCGUCAUUGCUGACCGUGCGGGCCGCCAUCCCCAUCAUCAUGGGGGCCAACAUCGGCACGUCCAUCACCAACACCAUCGUGGCGCUCAUGCAGGCCGGGGACCGCAAUGAGUUCAGAAGGGCUUUUGCGGGGGCCACCGUCCAUGACUUCUUCAACUGGCUGUCCGUGUUCGUGCUCUUGCCCCUGGAGGCCGCCACCCACUACCUGGAGUUGCUCACCAACCUUGUGGUGAACUCCUUCCACUUCAAGAACGGAGAAGAUGCCCCGGCCCUUCUGAAGGUCAUCACGGACCCCUUCACGAAGCUCAUUAUCCAGCUGGAUAAAAAAGUUAUCAACCAAAUCGCAAUGAAUGAUGAAAUGGCUAAAAACAAGAGCAUGGUCAAGAUUUGGUGCAAAACGUUCACCAAUAUGACCCAGAUGAACGUCACUGUGCCCUCACCUCUGAACUGCACCUCCCCUGACCUCUGUUGGACCGAUGGUUCUCAAACCUGGACCCUCAAGAAUGUGACCUACAAGGAGAACAUCGACAAAUGCCAGCACAUCUUUGUGAAUUUCAACCUCCCGGACCUGGCUAUUGGCAUCAUCCUGCUGAUUGUCUCCCUGCUGGUCCUCUGUGGCUGCCUCAUCAUGAUCGUCAAGAUCCUGGGCUCUGUGCUCAAGGGGCAGGUGGCUGUUGUCAUCAAGAAGACCCUCAACACAGACUUGCCCUUUCCCUUCGGCUGGGUGACUGGCUACCUGGCCAUCCUCGUGGGGGCGGGCAUGACCUUCAUUGUGCAGAGCAGCUCCGUGUUCACAUCUGCUAUCACCCCGUUGAUUGGUCUCGGCGUGAUCUCCAUUGAGAGGGCGUAUCCGCUCACGCUGGGCUCCAACAUCGGCACCACCACCACCGCCAUCCUGGCCGCCCUGGCCAGCCCAGGCAACACUCUGAAGAGCUCGCUCCAGAUCGCCCUGUGCCACUUUUUCUUCAACAUCUCUGGCAUCUUGCUGUGGUACCCCAUCCCGUUCACCCGCCUGCCCAUCCGCCUGGCCAAGGGGCUGGGCAACAUCUCCGCCAAGUACCGCUGGUUUGCUGUCUUCUACCUCAUCUUCUUCUUCUUCCUGACCCCGCUGGCCGUGUUCGGGCUCUCGCUGGCGGGCUGGCCGGUGCUGGUGGGCGUAGGGGUGCCCAUCAUCCUCGUGAUCGUGCUGGUGGUGGUCAUCAAGCUGCUGCAGUCCCGCUGCCCGGGGGUCCUGCCCCUGCGACUGCGGACCUGUAACUGCCUGCCCCAGUGGAUGCGCUCGCUGAAGCCGUGGGACAAGGUCGUGAGCACCUUCUCCACCUGCUGCCAGCAGCGCUGCUGCUGCUGCUGCCGUGUCUACUGCCGGCUCUGCUGUACCAUAUGCGGCUGCACCAAGUGCUGUCCCUGCUGCAAGUGUUGCAACAUCCUGGAGGAGGAGCCUGACGUCCCCGUCAAGGUCCCCGAGGCCUUCGAUAACUUGGCUUUGGGCCCCGAGGCCCCCAGUUGGUCUCCCAAGUCCCCGGUGGACACCCUGGGUACAAAGAUGGUCUCCAGCAUCACUGCCUUGUAG